GAAAGCGAUGAACAAGAGCGGGAUCUGAACCGACUCGUGUUGAGCGCCGUCAGUAUCAUUCCGUUCCGGUAGAGCACGGUGGUAAACGAACCGCCUGCUCGUAGUGCCGCUCGUCUUUCUUUCUCUACUUCCGCUCCCUUGCCGUUUUCUCUUUUCUCUGGUUCUUCUUCUCGUAUUACCGGUCCGUGAAUCUGGCGUUCUCAAUGGCGCAAUUGACUUUUCAUCCAAUAGUGUUCGCCUCUCAGCAAAAGCACCCCGUUAUCGUGUUUUGUCACUUCCACUUCAUUUACUGCCGUUUUUCUUACUGUUCGUAGCACCGCAUUAACGAUUGGGAUCACCACCCAUUGCCACUACUCUUUUGCUCUUCUUCCUUUAUCUCGACCCAAUCGCCAUGUCCGCUGAGUCUGCUCCGACGUUGCCCACCAAGGUCAGCCUGCGCGUGCCGGCCACGACGGCUAACCUCGGCCCGGCCUACGACACCCUCGGCAUGGCGAUGUCCAUCUUCAUCGAGCUCACCGUGGAAGUUUCGGAUGAGUUCUCGAUGGAGGUGACGGGCGAGGGCAGCGAGCACAUCAGCCGCGGCGCGGACAACAUGAUUGUAGAGACGUGUCGCAUCGCUUUCGAGUACGCCAAGAAGCCGAUGCCGCCGCUGAAGUUUACGAUGCACAACAACAUCCCGUACCGCUGCGGCUGCGGCUCGUCGUCGGCGGCUGCCGCAGCGGGAUUUGUGGCGGGCAUGACCCUGUCCGGUCUCACGAUGGAGACGCAGAGCACCGAGGCGCUGCUGUCCGUCAUCUCGAAGAUCGAGGGCCACCCCGACAACGCGGCGCCGGCCAUCUACGGCGGCAUCCAACUCGGCUACAAGCGCGACGACGGCAGCGUGAUGACCUAUCGCGUGCCGACACCGCCGAAUCUCUCCAUCGUGCUCUUCGUCCCGCACAAACUCAUGAAGGCCAGCACGCACGUCACGCGUGAGCUGGUCCCGCAGACGGUGUCGCUGAGCGAUGCGAUCCACAACAUCUCGGGCACGGCCAUCCUCACCCUCGCCUUGGCCACCGGCGAACUGCGCCUGCUGAAGGAUGCGAGCGACUGCCUGCACGAGCAGCAACGCUCCUCCACGCUCUACCCGCAUUACAACGCCUGUGCGAAGGCUGCCCGGGAGGCCGGUGCCGUCUACGCCUUCUUGUCCGGCGCCGGCCCGACGGUCUGCGCAUUGGUCACUGGCCGCCGUGGUGACCUGCUGGUGCAACCGGAGGAGGAGCGCAAAGCGGAGCGCGUGGCGGAGGCGAUGGUGCGCGCUGCCGGGGCGGCCGGCGUUGCUGGACGUGCCAUCAUCACCGUCCCCUCCGAUUUGGGGGUUCAUCUUUCCGGCACAACCUGCAUUCGCCCAGACAUUCAGUACACGAGCAUUUGA